AUGCCGCCAUUCCGAGACCCGAACCGGCUGUUCUACGACCCGGCGAACCCCGUCAUGUUGCCGCAGGAGGAGAUCAUGCAGCUGUCGCCCGCCGAGCUGCAAGCCGCGACCGACCAGCUCGACCAGAACCUCGUCCUCCUCCUUCGCCGCGUCGAGGAGAACUUUGCGAGGUGCAAUCAGGUUGUGACGGAGAGGAUUCUGCCGGCGGUCGAGGUGCACGGGGAGAACAGCGCGAGGAUCUACGAGUCGAUCAAGUUCUGGAGACCCUUCUUUGAAGCUGCAGCUUCGAUCCGACUCAACGAGCCUUAUGUCGACGAUUCGAGCAGUGUCGGAGCAGACGAGCGCUCGCAGGGAACGGUUAUUGCCUCGCCAGACCGCACCAUCUCCGACGAGGGCGACACGACCUACAGCUCGCACCCCUCCCUCACCCCCGACACACCUCGCGGUGCACCCGCGACUCAGCGCGACGAGUCGUCCGACAUGAGCCUUCCUUCCGCGCCUCACUGGUCGACCGACAUGUCGCCCUAUCAGGACUUGCAGAAGGAGCUGAAUCGCGACAAUUCGGCUCUCGGGGACUUCUCUGCGUUGCGGAAGGGUUUGCCCGAGGUGCAGCGGCUCAACUUGCGAGACUUGCCGCCCGACUCGCCCGACCUGCCAGAGCCUACCGCGUUCGGUGGCGACUUGCCGGACCUUCCGGGCAACGGGCGUGCGCAGUACCGAUCUGCUACGGCGGAAGAGCCAGCAUCGCCUGCACCGCGCGGCGUACGAGCCGGAGGCGACAAAACGCAUUCUGCGCUUCUCGAGAAGAUCCUUCGCAAGGGUCUCGCCAGUCCUGCGCCGUCUCGUAUCGGCCGAGGACCGGACUCGUCAACGCCGAGCGGUGCACCAGCUACUGGCAGCCGGCUCAAGUUCCCCAGCGACGUGCCGAAGAACUGGGACGGGAUCGCCAACCUCUCGACCGCCUCGCUCAACUCGUUCCCGUCGCCUAUCAAGCGCCGACCAGGUGCGCAAGACGACUCAAUGUUCGGCGCACCUCCUUCGAUCGCCUCUUCGCGCGCCUACCUCUCCUCGCCCGCACCUCCCGCCACGUCCUCGAACCCGCUCAAAGCGUCCACAUCCCGCCGCGCUCCGCCGUCACCCUCCGCAUCGAGCUCUUCGUUCCUCUCGCGCACGCCGGCGAAGGAGGCAGCUCGUCGGACAGCGCUGAACGUGUACGACUCGCUCGCUUUCGACUCGCCGGGUCUCGAACUGGCGCCGCCGACCGUCAAGUUCGAGGACAUGUUCGGGAAGCGGCCCGAGGAGGAGACGCCGGGAUUGGACAGCCCGAGUCAGCGGUCGACGCUGUCACGACCGGGAGGAGCAUUGCGAAGCGGAGCGUCCAACGCCGGAAACGACAGCUACCUCUCUUCGGCACCUGCGCAACCCAGCUUUGUCGACCGCAGCCCGACUCAACUGUUUGCCCAGCACGACCCGUCCUCGUCGUCCGUCUCGCGCGACGUUCCGCUCGCCGACUUUGGAGGCGGCACGACCGCCAACAUCGACGACCUCCUUGCUGGCGCGCCGACGAUGACCUACGACCAUCAUCACAACCCACUCGCCGGACCUAUCGACCCGCAGCAGUACGCUGGCAUCGUCAAUGACGACGACGAGCCGCAUCAGCCGACGGGAGGAUACGGCGCGGACGAGUCGUUCACGGGCGACGCCGAGGACGACCAGCCGCACCACCUGCACCGGCGCGAAGAGCCGACGUACACGGGCUACGACGACUACGAGCAGUCGCUUGCUGGCGAGGGAGGCGGGCGCGGCCUGCGGCUGCCUGGACAGGAUGGGCCGGAGGACACGCUGUUUGGCAUGCCGCCUGGACGAGGGGGCGCGGAUGCUGCCAAGGCGGGACGGACAGCCAGGUUCGCGGGUGUCGAGGACGACAGCUUUACCGACAGCGGUGGAGUCGACGGCGGGAAGAGCGGGUUCAGGCUGCACGGGCUCAGCGACAUGGAGACGCUGCAUGGCGGCGAGUUGCUCUCGAGUGAACCGUUCCAGGCGAGUCCGCUCGCAGGCAAGAGCUAUCAGUAG